AUGUUUGGCAAGUGCCUGGCAGCACAAGGCGUGUACGAGCGGUUGUACCACACUGUGUCAUGUCUCUCGAACAGUCUGGCCCUGGUGGUAGGAGGGCGAACAUCCCCAUCAAGGGCAGGUUUGGGAAUGUUGUGGCUAAAGUUCCCUGAAAGCUGUAAUGCCUCGGACCCAGAUGAUGUUACAGUGGAGCUUGUAAGCCUGCAGCCUUUUGCUGAACCAGCUGCUUUGCGUUGGAGACACAGUACAACUGAAGUAAUAUUCAAAGGCGAGAAGUACCUGUUUUUAUAUGGUGGCCGCUCUGCUAUGGAGCCUGUGCUAGGGGACUGGUAUUUCCUGCACACUCAAGAACUUUCCUGCACUGUGAUUCCUGUUGAAGGUCCAGUACCAGAAAGCCGUCACUCUCACAGUGCCUGUAGCUGGAAAGGAGGAGUGCUAAUUGCAGGAGGUCUGGGAGCAGCUGAGCAGCCUUUAGGUUCAGUUUUCUUUCUGAGGGACCUUGAACAUGGCUUUCAGUGGCAGACAGUAGACACACAUCCUCCUCUUAUCCCAAGGUAUUCACAUACUGCACACGUGCAUGACGGAAAACUUCUGCUUGUUGGUGGAGUGUGGUUUCAUUCAUCCGCUGUGCCAGGUGUCACUGUCAUUGACUUAACGACUGGUCUCUGCUUGGACUAUACGAUUAAUGUGGAGCAUCUGGAAUGGCCAUUAAUGCUACAUAAUCAUAGCAGUGUCUUUCUGCCAAAUGAGAAGGAGUUGUUGCUUAUUGGCGGUGGUGGGAACUGCUUCUCCUUUGGGACACAUCUGAACCCAGAGCCUGUCUCAUUGAGCCUCAGCAACAUCCUGAGCAGCCACUGACUGGGACCAAACAGGACUGAACCAUGCUGCUGCACUGUGGUGAGACAUCUGUGCACUUACAGGUCUGAGAGCAGCGAUAAGUGUCUACAAAGGU